CCCAACCAUCCCGUGUGCACGAAGAGGUCGAGAGUGCCACCGAGUUUCAGUAGGGAAUUUGGAAAGCGGUAUUUGCAGUCUGAUUUUGCCGUUUGUGAAGAUCGAGACAAAAUAAGAUGUUUGUGAAAGUGGCUAUUACAGUCGCUUUGGCAGCCGCUAUUUGCUGGCAUUUUGGAUUUUACCAGUUAGAAGACAUCACCUCAACGAUUAAAAACGGACUGAAUAAUGCUGUGGGGAACUCUAAAAACACUGCACAACCUGCACCCUCGGCUGCAUCCACAAAGGAAGACUUUACACCCCCAUCCUCAAUAGUGGAACAACCCACUAGACUUCUAAGUAAGGAGGAGUUGGGCCACUUCAAUGGCGAGGAGGGGAGCAGGGGUCUGUAUCUGGCCGUGUAUGGCCAGGUGUUUGAUGUGGAGAAAGGGGCGAGGCAUUACGGCCCCGGUGGGGGGUAUGAAUUCUUCUCGGGUCGCGACGCAACAAGAGCGUUUGUCACCGGAGAAUUUAACGAGGAAGGCUUGGGAGAUGACGUGGAAGACUUCAGUCCUAAGCAGAUGAUGGAAGUAAAUACGUGGGUUGAGUUUUACAAGAAAGAGUACACACAUAUCGGAAAAGUCGUUGGGAGGUUCUAUGAUGCCAAUGGGGAGCCAACGGAGGCGUAUCGGCAAGCUGAGAUGGUGUUGGAGGAGGGGAGGCAAGAGAAGGACAAGGAGGAUGCUGAGAACAGAAGAUACCCUCCUUGUAACUCAUCUUGGAAUCAACAAGAAGGGAGCAAAGUCUGGUGCUCUGAUCAAAGCGGUGGAAUUGUUCGAGGCUGGGUAGGUUUGCCCAGACGUUACUUUCUUCCUGGCUCCAAAAACUGGAAAUGUGUUUGUGUUCACGAUCGAGACCUAAGUAACCCACACAUGAAGGUAUUUGAAGGAUGCGGACCAAGCGACAUCUCAUGUAAAAUGAAUUGAAAGCUUUGUUGGUAUGUAUUUUUUUAGUGAUUCACACGUACAUGUAAGACCAUUUCUCAAAAGCGAGCUUGCAUUACAAGUAAAAGACAAUCAGAGUCCAACAAGUUGGGUGUGGAAUUACCUUUAUGGUUCUUAUUCUAAAGACCUUCUGGCCCAAUUUCAUAGAGCUGCUUAGCGGCAAGCAAAUUUUCGUGCUUACUGUAGAAGAAAACAUUGCUGCUAAAGUGCAAGCAUAUUUCACAGGUUAGCAAGAAAAUUAGGCGGCCAUCUUGCACGCUCCCAUGAAUUUGUAUUGUUCUGUCAUUAAUUUUUUUGCAAUAAGCAUCGGAAGGUUAGCAUGCCUUUUCGUGUGCUUACGAACAGUAAGCACAUAAUAUGCAAGCAGCACUAUGAAAUGGAAAUCGCCCAGUGAGCACAAAAUCGGCUGCUAAGCAGCUCUAUGAAAUUGAGCCUGUGUAACCUUUCCUUACACUAUGUACAUUCAUAAGUUCAAGGACUUUUCUGGCAGGCAAGAUAGUACACUGGCUAUAUGUGAAAUUGUACAUUUUGUGUCAUAAAUUUCCAUGUAAAUUCAAGAGUUCUAAAACAGAAACGGGUUU